AUGGGCCAUGUCCUCGACGGAUACAACCACUCUUCAGCCUCGAGCGCCGGCCAAGCCUUUACUCCCCAACGGCAACAAAUCCUCUCCCCUGAGCAAGGCAUUUCUCCACCACAUGGGGAUACAGUGGGUGAUCCCCGCGCGCACAAGACAGAUGCCCCGUCAAGCUUAGAUGUGCCCGUGGCCAAGAGGAAGCGCAGCCGGAAGGGACUCGGCAAGAGGUUUGAAUGCCCAAUGGAAGAUUGUGGAAAGAGCUAUUCAAGGGCAGAGCACCUACAUCGUCACCAGCUGAAUCACAACUCGAACCAGACUUUCCGCUGCGAGUACCCUGAUUGCCCUCGUUCUUUUGUUCGCGGGGACCUGCUGAGGCGGCACAUGGACCGUCACGCCGCACGAGGCCCCCAACAAUUUGACGCCGGAGGCGGCCUCGCACAUCGACCUCCCCAGCGAGACCAGUCGCCCCAGGAACAGUCGGAGUACAGCCCGUACACGCCUGUGAGCAACACGCCACCAGCAGGACAUCAUGGCGGGACUCCGUCUGCCAGUGUCGCCGAGGGCUACGGGCCCGAUGCCGCAAAUGAGCGUAUCCCCCCACACAGCAUAUCGCAAGACUCAUCGACGGCACAAUCCUGUCUCUCCGUCCAGUCCGACCUGGAGCCCUACGAUGCCUUCGGCCAACGUGAGACCGGCCCUGCCAUCUACCAUACCAACGUCACGUCACACCCCUCGGCGCCCCCAAUCCCCCAGCAAAACGAGUCGUCGAUGCAUUUGACGCCUGGCCCAUAUCACAAUAACCAGGGCAAUACUCCGUCACGCGACCCGAGCCACCCGUACGUCGCGGCUACGCUACACGAAUACCCGAGAUCGAUCCGUGGCGCGCCCUCGGAGAUGAUGGCCCUCGACCAGAUGGCUAUGCCGAGAGCAGGGCCGGUGUUUGGAGACGACGAGGCUUUGAACAAGUCACCCUACGUCGGCAUGCCCGAGGAUUUCAUGGCAUACCUUUUUAAUGCCUUGCCCAGCAGUGCCUGUCCUGCUGGGCCCGUGGUGCCGGCUGCGGCGCCUAAUUAUGGCGAUCUACAAAGGCACCAGUACUCUAUGCCAUGUCUCGUCGACGAAAGCGCAUCCGUAGGGUACUUUCCUCCCGAACCUCAGCAGGUCAUGGCAGUUCACAAUCUGCUCGAUCAGAACGCGCCCCAAGGCAGCCUCUCAGAGGAUAAGAGCGAGGAACUCUUCGACCUCAUAAAGGAUCGCUUUCAUGAAAAUGACGUGCCCCCGAUCGACCGCCGGAGGGAGAGCAUCAUCGGAGGAGACCGCAGCCAAGGCCAUCACCCUUUGAGCCGCAGAAUGAUGCAAACGUACAUCUGUUCCUACUGGUACCACUUCAGCGACCAGUUGCCCAUAUUGCACAAGCCCACCUUCUCUUCGGACCAGACCCCUAAUCUACUUAUUCUGGCCAUGAUGGCCUUGGGAGCUGCCGGCCUUGACAGAACACAUGAGCAGCAGGUGACAACAACCGGCAUCAACAUCUCCGACUUUCUCGCACGGCAUCUACGAUGGGAAAUCUUCAUGGACUGGAGCUUUCGGCCCCCGGCGAAGCUGUGGGUCUUUCAAGCCCUCAUCCUUCUCGAGCUGUACGAAAAGAUGUACUCGACACGAGAGCUACAUGAGCGAGCCCACAUUCACCAUGCGACCACAAUCACAUUGAUGCGGCGCGGCCGGUCUCUCAUCGGAAAGUCGACCCUGGACUCGCCUCCGAACCCUCAAGACGGCCAAUCUGGAUCGAAGCACCCCUUUGCUGGCGGUCCAGCGCAGACAGCCGAGGAAUGGUGGAGUCACUGGAUCGUGGGCGAAGCGACCCGUCGGGCGGCGUUUGCGGCGUUUGUUGUCGACACGACUCACGCUACCAUGUUUGGCCAUUCCGGGGUCAUGGCUGCUCACGAGCUGCGACUGGCACUGCCGUGCGACGAGUCACUGUGGCGAGCCAAGAGCAGCGCCCAGGUGGCCCGGAUCGAGUCCAAUCUUCUCUCCCAGGGCUUCAAGCCGAUGUCCUUUCUGGAGGGCCUGAAACGCACCUUGAGCCACCAGGAGGUGCGGACGACGUCAUUUGGGCGGACGGUCCUCAUGGCCGGGCUGCUCAGUGUGACAUAUCACAUGCACCAAAGAGAUCUACAGGUCAACAUCCUCGGUGGGGGAGUCACUCACGCCUUGUGCGGCCGCGACAAGUGGCGAGCCACGCUGACCGAGGCGUACGACUCGUGGAAAGCCAACUUUGACCGGGCGCUUGAGCAAGGCGAGCCAUCGAGCGACCCGUACCGGCACGAUGCGGUCAAGCACGAAUUCAACAUUGUUUUCGCGAGCCGCACAGUCUUGCAUCACCUUGCGCACAUGGCCAUGCACGCCGAUGUUGUGAACUGCCAGAUAUUCGCUCGCGCCAAGCGACUCCUCGGGCGCACCAUCGCUCCGCAAGAGCUCAGUGCGGCCCAGCGCCGGACCAGGGACACCUGGGCGCCAUCGGCCGGGGCCAGAGACUCGACGUUCUAUGCCCUCAAGUUCCUAAGCUCGGUGCUGUUGCCUGGGGCGGAUGGCGGAUUGCCCGUGGGGAGGCAGUAUCCAGACAGGCCCUACGAGGCGCGAUACGACGUGUUGAUGAACCGGCCUUGGGUGCUCUACUUUGCAGCGCUCAUCGUUUGGUGCUACGGGUUCGCUCUGGAGGGGCCGGGCACAGAUGCCAGGCACGCGACGUCGCCUCAUCAAGUCCAGCAAGAGAUGCGAAGUUAUUUGCUGCGGUUCGGCAGCAUCGCGGACCCGAGCGAGCUGCAGUCCAUGAGGGGCAUCAACCAGAACACGGCGCUGCUGAUGACGCUCAAGGACUCGUUUGAAAAUACCCAGUGGGAACUGCUUCACGAGGCGGCAAAUCUUAUGAGCAAUUGCAUCAAGCUCAAUGCGGGCGGCACGGUCAUAUGA